AUGAACAUAUGUGGAGACUUGAACAAAUUGAACCACAAUGACGACUAUAAAAAAAAUGAAUCAACAAGUAAUAAUCAGCAGCACCAGAAUGGAGGAGCUGAUGAUAAAAGACAGGAUUUACCACUUUCUACGGAUGUCAUUCAGCUUAAUACACGUUGUGUGCAGCCUAGAAUUUAUAAAAUUGUUGUACUUGGGGAUGGAGGCGUUGGAAAAUCAGCUGUCACACUUCAAUUUGUAACCCACAGUUUUCUUGAGUAUCAUGAUCCAACUAUUGAGGACUCGUACAGACAACAAGCAGUUAUUGACGGUGAGGCAGCUCUUUUAGAUAUUUUAGAUACUGCUGGACAGAUUGAAUUUACAGCUAUGAGGGAUCAAUAUAUGAGAUGUGGUGAAGGUUUUAUGAUAUGUUAUUCAGUAACAGAUAGACAUAGUUUCCAAGAAGUACCUGAAUAUCGUAAAUUAAUAUCACGUGUACGUGUUAAUGAAGAAUAUAUUCCUUUAGUAUUGGUUGGUAAUAAAUUUGAUUUACAAUCACAACGCAAGGUAACAACUGAAGAAGGUAAAGUAUUAGCAAAUCAAUUGGGAUGUCCAUUUUUUGAGACAUCCGCUGCACUUCGACAAUUUAUAGACGAUGCGUUUUAUUCUCUCGUAAGACAAAUACGCUUAAAAGAGCGUAAUCAAGACAAUGACAGUACAACGCGUGCACAAAAGAAACAUUCGUCGUCACACAGCCGAUGGAGGAGACUGCGUUCCAUUUUUGCUUUCAUUUUCCGUAGGAAAAAUAGAAAUAUACAAAAACCAUAA